AUGCGCCAGAUGUUACUGGACAGCUACACCUGCCCGUACACCUCCUCCUUUAUUGCCAUUCGGGACCGCCAGCAGUGCUUCCAGGUGAUGCGACAUUUCACCUGUGAAUUUGUUGGCGUCAUCUACCGCAUCUGGUGUUCUAGGUGUGGCCUCCUGUAUAUUGAGCAUUACCAGCAGUUGGGACGCUCUUCCACCGAGAAGGAAUUUAAGAAGACAGCAAUCAUCCAUCAUCAGUCAGAGUCAGAAUGGACGCAGUUUAAAUUCACACCGUGGUCGGCACAAUCAUGCUGUGAUUUACUAUUGUUGUCCACAGUUCGGAACUCUGCAAUCUCUUCCUUCCUGUCACAUUGUGUUGAUCACCAACUGUUCCGGUUGACGAAAUUCUAUCGGGACCGACUGGAGCAGGCGAUUGAGGAGGGUGUGGAGGAACUCGGCCUCAUGUUAACAGGCGAGGAUCACUUCACGGGACGGGAGUAUCACAGCGUCACUGAGCUCGCGGAGAAGGGAAACCGAGCGAGCGCUUCCAAACUCCUCCUGGAUCUGGUGAUGGAGAAGGGCUCCGGGGUCCGGAGGGUGUUGUGGGAAUCCUUUGUGAAAAUACAUCACAAUUUACCGAAGCUGAGCAGAAUAUUGAAGGAAAUACAGGAAUGUGGUGAUGCCCAGUUCUCCUACAUGGACAGGGAGCGGCGUUUAUCUGAAGUGCCCACCCACCUGAAAGGCGUUCAGAGGAAACACAAAGAGACUCUACGGGCACAGACGGAAGAACUGAGAGUGAACGCGAUCCUGAUGAGCGAGCAGGAGAAGGUUUUCCAGCUGGUUGAUCAAUACGCUGAGCUCACUGUCAUUUCUACUGUUCGAGAUCGGAGACUGGUGGAACAUGAACUGCUGGCAAGAGGCAAAGUUCACGAGGAAUGGAGGGUGAAACAUCUCCGCGGGAAGUUGGAAAAACUCCGGAUGGAUCAGUUGUUUCAGAGCAAUGACUCACAUCGUUUUCGCGACAAACUGAAGAAAUUAUUUACACCAUCGAGGUCCGGGUUUUCGGCAGCUUUGGCCGGAGUCCCAGGGAUCGGGAAAACAACAAUGGUACAAAAGAUUGUUUAUGACUGGGCCACUGGAAAAAUAUACCAACAAUUCCAGUUUGUCUUCAGUUUCAAAUUCCGGGAUUUAAACUCCAUUAACUGCAGAACUAACCUGAGGGAACUGAUUCUGGACCAGUAUCCUUACUUUGGGAAUAUCCUGAGAAAGGUCUGGAAGAACCCAGAGGCAUUGUUGUUUAUAUUUGAUGGUUUGGAUGAAUUCAAACACGAAAUCAAUUUUGGUGACAGUGCGAGAUACACAGAACCUCAGCAUCAGUGCCCAGACCCCGAGUGGUGGUGUGAAGUGUCGGACAUUGUGUACCGUUUAAUCCAGGGCAAACUUCUCCCAGGGUGUUCAGUGCUGGUGACCACCCGCCCUUCUGCGUUACAUUUAUUGGAAAAGGCGGAAAUCGGUAUAUGGGCUGAAAUCCUGGGAUUUGUUGGUGAGGAACGGAAGGAAUAUUUCAUCAGGCAUUUUGAAGAUCAGACGGUGGCAGUAGCUGUUUUCCAACACGUGAAGGAGAACGAGAUCCUGUACACCAUGAGCUACAACCCGUCCUACUGCUGGAUUCUCGCUCUGGCACUGAGUCCUUUCUUCACACAAAAUGUCAGGGACACGCAGCAAGUUCCAAAGACCAUCACCCAACUAUAUUGCUACUAUAUUUACAACAUCCUGAAAAACCACGGCCGUGAAAUUGAGAGCCCCCGUGAUGUAUUACUCAGAGUUGGUCAGAUGGCCUUCAGAGGAGUGUCCGAAAAGAAAAUUGUGUUUACAGGUGUAGAUUUGAUCAACUACGAUCUGCAACCUUCCCGAUUCCUGUCCGGGUUCCUGAUGGAGCUUUUGGAGAGAGAGAUUUCUGUCCGGUGUGUGGUGUACACAUUCCCACACCUCACCAUCCAAGAGUUUGUAGCUGCAAUCGCACAAUUCCUGAAUCCACAUCCCGGGGAUAUCCUGAAAUCCCUCACUGAAGCUCACAACGCAACAGAUGGGCGAUUCGAGGUAUUUCUCCGUUUUGUUGCUGGUCUCUCCUCCCCAAUCACAGCUCAGGGCCUGGAGGAAUUUCGGGGUCCAUUUCCUCAUCAAACAAUCUGCCGGGUGAUUGACUGGGUGAAGGAGGAGGUUAAACGCCAGAGCGAAAACACUGGGAGUGGACCUGGUAAAAAAAAAAGCCUCCUGAACACAUUGCACUACCUGUUUGAGUCUCAGAAUCCUGGACUGUCUCAGGCCGCACUGGGAUCUGUGGAAACACUUUCAUUCAGUGGAAUGACACUGACCCCGAUUGACUGCGCUGUCCUGUCUCAUGUCAUCGGAUUCUGUGAUACAAUAAAACACCUCGACCUGGAGAAAUGCCACAUUCAGUGUGAAGAAAUCCAGCGGCUGGGACCCGGGCUGCACAAGUGCCAGGAGUUGAGACUUGGGCUGAAUCAACUGGGAGAUUCAGGUGUGAAACUGGUGUCUGCGGCUCUGAGGAACCCGGAGUGUAAAAUACAGAAACUGCGGCUGAUCAGUGUCGGUCUCGCAGAUUCUGGAGCCAAGGAUCUCGUCUCCGCUCUCAGUACAAACCGAUCUCUCACGGAGCUGGACCUGAGUGUUAAUAAACUGGGAGAUUCAGGAGUGAAACUGGUAUCUGCAGCUCUGAGGAACCCAGAGUGUAAAAUACAGAAACUGUGGCUGAGUGGUGUCCGUCUCACAGAUUCUGGUGCCGAGGAUCUCGUCUCAGCUAUCAUUACAAACCGAAUACUAACGCGGCUGAACCUGGGAUCAAAUUGGCUCACAGACCGAUCUGUGCCUGCUCUUCGUCGCCUUAUACUGGCACUCCCGAGUCUGGAGCGGCUUGUGCUGGUGGAGAACCGGUUCAAUCAAACCGGGAAGAAUGAACUGACGUCUCUCCAGAAACCCGGACCCGGACUGAGCGUGAUAUUUGACCAUCGGGAUAUGUGAACAUUUUCGCCCACGGGAUGGAGACAUUCAGGCAGAUUUCCCGGUUUUACCUUCAACGGUCGACUUUAAUGGCCGCGCUCCAGAAUUAAUUCCAAUAGAAUCCGACUCCAGCCGAGCGUGCUCCGA